CCUUGACCAUUAAAACUCUCCAACGGCGAACUGCACAAAACUGGUUUUCUGAAACAAUUUCCAUCUUCUCUUCAAUUCUCUUGUUCACCGAUGCUUUGAUCACCAAACCCAAACCAAAAUCGAAAGCGAACGCCAUCUGUUUUACCAGAUCCAGGUGCUUCACCGGUUUCAACCACCGCCGAUCCAAUCAAUUCUCAAUAGAUUUCACUUCAUUUGACGUGGGACACGAUCCACUGGAUCGAAGAUGCCGGUGGCCGCUUCUGCCAUCUACUUCUUGAAUCUCCGCGGCGAUGUCCUCAUCAAUCGUCUUUACCGCGACGAUGUCGGGGGAAAUAUGGUGGAUGCCUUCCGAAUGCACAUAAUGCAAACGAAAGAACUCGGUACAUGUCCCGUGCGACAGAUUGGAGGUUGCUCUUUCUUCUACAUGAGAAUCAGCAAUGUCUACAUCGUAAUUGUUGUCAGCAGCAAUGCUAAUGUAGCUUGCGCUUUCAAGUUUGUUGUUGAGGCUGUUGCAUUGUUCAAAUCCUAUUUCGGUGGUGCUUUUGAUGAGGAUGCUAUUCGUAAUAAUUUUGUUCUGAUUUACGAAUUGUUGGAUGAAAUCAUGGACUUUGGCUACCCACAAAAUCUUUCUCCUGAAAUUUUAAAGCUUUACAUUACUCAGGAAGGAGUGCGAUCCCCAUUUUCAUCCAAGCCCUCAGACAAGCCAGUUCCAAAUGCAACAUUACAAGUUACAGGUGCUGUUGGCUGGCGAAGAGAGGGACUUGUUUAUAAAAAGAAUGAGGUGUUUCUGGACAUCGUGGAAAGUGUAAACCUACUUAUGUCUUCAAAAGGCAGUGUUCUGCGUUGUGAUGUUACAGGAAAGAUUCUUAUGAAGUGCUUCCUCUCUGGAAUGCCUGAUUUGAAGUUGGGCUUGAAUGAUAAAAUUGGGCUUGAAAAGGAAUCACAACUAAAAUCCCGUCCUACUAAAAGUGGCAAGACUAUCGAGCUCGAUGAUGUUACUUUCCAUCAGUGUGUAAAUCUUACAAGAUUCAACUCAGAAAAGACUGUUAGUUUUGUGCCACCAGAUGGUGAAUUUGAAUUGAUGAAGUACCGUAUCACUGAGGGUGUUAAUCUUCCUUUUCGGGUUUUGCCAACAAUCAAGGAACUUGGUCGAACACGAAUGGAAGUAAACGUUAAGGUUAAAAGUGUCUUUGGAGCAAAAAUGUUUGCUCUUGGAGUUGUCAUCAAAAUUCCUGUCCCAAAACAAACAGCGAAAACGAGUUUCCAAGUCACAUCAGGUCGAGCAAAGUAUAAUGCUGCUAUUGAUUGCUUGGUUUGGAAGAUAAGAAAAUUCCCUGGACAAACAGAGCCAACCUUGAGCGCAGAAGUUGAGUUAAUUUCCACGAUGGCAGAAAAGAAGUCUUGGACAAGGCCACCAAUUCAGAUGGAAUUUCAGGUUCCAAUGUUUACAGCCUCUGGUUUACGUGUCCGGUUUCUUAAGGUAUGGGAGAAGAGUGGGUAUAACACGGUUGAGUGGGUUCGCUAUAUUACCAAGGCUGGCUCAUAUGAGGUCAGGUGCUAAAAACAUUGGUGCUACUGUGAGAUUGUGUCACAGAAGUGGAGCAGUGAUGAGGAUAUUUUCUUGCUAGCUGUUUCAGCAAAGUGAUUGUUGCAUGUAUUUUACCUUGAGGGCAAGGUGAAUGAGCCUCCAUUACCCCCUAAAGGAUGCAGCUUGUGUUCAUGUUUCUUGAAUUAUUAGGCAUUUUUUCCCCCUCAUAGUGGAGUUUUGUUAAUAUGAUUAUUUUGAGUAUUUGGUUGUUAUUUUUCUUGUAAAGGCUAGCCCUUAUUUAGAACAAAAACACGGUCCCAUUAUUACAUGAUGCUGUAUUACUUGUCGCAGAUUAUCACACAUUUUGUUGUAACUAUACGCAGUUUUAAACGAGUAUGACCAGGAUAGCUGGAACCUGGGAAGUUUGGAUUUUGGAAUUGGAUUCA